CUCUUCGAAGUGUUUUGUUUAGCAGACUGUUGUGAAGAUGUGAAGUUUUACCCGUACCGUAACCUUUGCGGCCUUAGUGAAAGAUGCUGUAAUUGAUCCGUUUGUGUAAAUUUGUGCUUGUCAGCGCCUGCAGUCCCGUCAGCGAUGUCUCUGACGUUUCGGCUAUUUAGCCGGAACUACCGAUCGGCUCUGUUGAGAAUAAUUUCGUGUCAAAACAGUUACUUGCGCAAGGGGUCCGGUCCCUGCAGACUGCAAAUUCAUCAGUCACAGUUUACCUUUUGUGAAAAUUACUGCCGUACCUAUGCUAGUAAAGUGAAUGCGAGCCCGUGCUGGAAGUGUGGCAAGUCUGGGAGAGAGGCCAGGUUUUUCUGCAAGGACUGCAACGCGUUGCAGAAGCCGAACAAAAAUUACAACUAUUUUCACCUUUUGGAUCUGAGUGAGACAUUUGACGUCGACUCCAGUGAGGUAUCCAAGAAAUUUCGACAGCUUCAGGCUGUACUCCACCCUGAUAAAUUUUCCAAUGCAUCUGAUGAUGAAAAGGAGUUCUCAGCUGAGCUAUCCUCAUUGGUUAACAAAGCCUUUAGGACCCUCUCAAACCCUUUAGAAAGAGGACUAUAUUUACUCCAGCUCCACAACACGCCUAUUCUCGAGGAAAAUACGUCAUUUAAUAAAGAAUUUCUGUUUGAGAUCAUGGAGCUAAAUGAAGAACUUGAGUCUAUUUCAAAUUUAAAUGAGCUGAAGACCUUCCAUUCCAAGAACAGAGAAGUGUUGAAAUCAAUUCAGAAGAAAGUUUCAGAGUUGUUCACUGGCCAAGACAUUCCAAAAGCUAGGACUGCUUUGAUGGAAAUGAAGUAUUAUGUAACAUUGGAAGAGAAAAUAAAGGAGAAGCUUCUGCAGCUUGAAGCAACAAACUGAAUACAAAAAUGUUUUUAGUUUAUUGUUGAGAAAAAAAAAACCCAUAUUGAUAGUUUCUGACAAAACCAUUAAAUAUUUUAAAUGGUAA